UGGCCCCCUCCGGCACCGGGAACCAGAGCUUCGGUUCGGCCGAGAUAGCAGACAACCGCCACCCCACCCCGGGCUCGCAGGCUAACUCGCUCCGGCUUUGGUUCGACAUGAUGGACGCGGGUUCGAGCGCGUUUCUCCGCGGAGGAUCAGCAGCGCAGCGCAUCGGUGGCGUCUCCAUGUGGCUGACGCUCUGGCUGACUGCACUGAGCUGCACCCCGGCCCAGGGCUGCCCGCGUCUCUGCGUUUGCUACCCGAACCCGAUGACGGUGAGCUGCCAGGCACAGAACUUCACAUCAGUGCCAGUGGGUGUGCCGUACAACUCGCAGCGCGUCUUCCUGCAGAACAACCAGAUCACCGAGCUGCGGGUGGACUCCUUCGGCUUCGAGACUCAGGUCCUCUGGCUCUUCUCCAACAACAUCACGUGGAUCGAGGCCGGGGCCUUCAGCGAGCUGCGUGAGCUCGAGGAGCUCGACCUGGGCGACAACCCAUCGCUGCGGCGCCUCGAGGGCGGGGCCUUCAGGGGGCUCGAGCGCCUACAGAGCCUGCACAUGCACCGGUGCCGUCUCGCCGCGCUGCCCCACGACAUCUUCCACAAGCUCUACAGCUUGCAGUUCCUCUACCUUCAGGAGAACCAGCUGCACUUCCUGCAGGACGACCUCUUCUCGGACCUGGUCAACCUCAACCAGCUCUUCCUACAUGGCAACCGCAUCCGUACGCUCUCGGAGCACGCCUUCCGCGGCCUCGUCAACCUGGACCGCCUCCUGCUUCAUGACAACCGCAUCCGGCAGGUACACCGGCGCGCCUUCCGUGACCUGGGGCGCCUCACCAUGCUCUUCCUGUUCAACAACUCGCUUGCUGAGCUGCCGGGGCAGGUGCUCCGCGACACCGCCUCCGUCCAGUUCCUGCGGCUCAACGGCAACCCGUGGUCGUGCGGCUGCGAGGCCCGGUCCCUGUGGGAGUUCUUUCGUGGCGCCCGCAUCUCCAGCUCGGAGUUGCUGUGUUCCUCGCCCUCCACACGCCGGGGCCUGGACCUGCGCUUCCUGCGCGAGAUGGACUUUGCCCUGUGCCCAUUGCCAGACCCCGGCUCGCUGGCCGGCACCACCACCACCACCUUCAGCACCAAGACUCGCUGGUGGUUCUCCAAGGCCAAGCCGGUCUCCUCCACCAAGGGUGUCUUCGAGAAGAGCUCAGAGACCGUCAAAGCAUUUCCCUUCUCGGCCAGCAAGGCCCUGGACUCGUCCGUGUCCAACUCAGCUGUCGCGUCUGCCAAGUACGAGUUCGACGAGGAGGAGGCCGCGCUACCCAAGCUGGACCCCGAAGAGUACUGGGCCAACUACGGCAAUGAGGACGCUGCCGUCACCGGCCUGCGCUGCUUUGAGCUCGAGUGUCCGCCGGGCUUCGACCUGCCGUCUCUGCCGGCCGCGGCGUCCUGCCCCACCUCGUCCUCUGCGCUGUCCGUUGUUGUCUUUGCCGUUCUGUCCCUCUCCGUCCACAUGCUCGUCGGUUGAAUCCGGCUGCCCCCUGUAUCAAGAGUCCGCAGUCCUUCCUUUGUUCCACCGGCCCCACACACUUGCACCUUAGUUCCUGCCAGUUUUCCCUUGGAGCUCCGCCCAUAUUGAGCUCCUCAGCGGGAAGAGCAGUGGGAUGGUGCUGUGCAGGGGGGACUUGCCUGGAGCACCGACAUGGACAAACGGCGAGCCGUCCUUUUUAGCUUUGCAGAGGGAGGCUGCCUGUGGCGCAUUCGCUGCCACCCUGCCACAUUGUAACACUGCAGCACUGAUGUCACCAGUGCGGCUAACAAACCACACACACUAAAGCUGCUGCUGCUUCUGCUGCGUGUGCUGCUAGUGCGAUUGCUGCCAACAUCACUUUCACCGUCAUUUGCUCCUUCGCACCACAGUCCGUGCAGCUGCAUUGGCCCCUGCCAGCAGAGGGCGCUGCUCACUGUGCUCACUGGCACUGCGGACCCUCCAGUGUGAGCAGUGCAAUUCGCAGCAGCUGUCCUUCGCUCUCAACUUGACACAGACCCUGGGGGGCGCCCGUCGCCUUUCGCUCUCUCUCUCAGCUUGACUUAGUAAAGGUGCAGCUGUUUAGCAGCCAGUGAGCGGUGCUGAUUUUGGGCACCCGGUACCUGGGUUCUGAUCCCUCGAGAGUCGGCCGCCGGACCGAGACGAGAGAAGAGCGCCGGUAUCACGCAGCUGACAGAGACGACGGCACGACCGGGGUCCCGCGAGCAACAAAGCGGAGCAGGUGCUUUGAGUCACUCCCAUGUGCCAAUGUGCUUCUGAGAGGAAUCACCAGCAGGGGGAGUAACGGCUCACAUCACUUGUAAAUAGACAUAAGGUGUGAACGCGAAUGUCUCCCGUUGCUCUUUCUCUCUGAGUGGUGUGUGUGUGUGUGUGUGUGUGUGUGUGUGUGUGUGUGUGUGUGUGUGUGUGUGUGUGAGAGAAGUUGUGCUUCAUGCAAAAGUGAGCAAGCGUCACCCCAAACUGCUGACCCCCACUGACCACCAGGGGGAGCUGCAGUACGUCAUGGAUGCAUAAGGAGGCUAGAACGUGGUAAAGAGCGCACGGACUGAACCGCAUUCCCACACAGCCUGACCUCACUGACCGACUGGACCAUGAGCCCUCUUACACUGGGCUCAGACGGACUCCGGGAGCAGGCAAACGGACAGACCGCAGCGCUUCCUACUAGACCACGCAGACAGUGAUGCUGCUGGAGAUGGGACUUUGCAGGACACACUGAGCGACUGACCGGAUGGAGAGUCUGGAAAGGGAGCCGCUGUCCUUUGGUGCCAUUUCCAUGGGCCUCCGUGGAGAGACUAAUAGAGAGCCAGAGUCCGGUCUGAGAGGGGUGGACCACACUCUGCGUGUGUGUGCGUGUGUGCGUGUGUGCAUGUGUGCGUGUGAAAGGAACACGGAAAACAAGCUCCACAUGCUCUAUGUAAUCAUACGUUGGGUUGCUGUGAGUGUUUGGUGAAAAAACACUGAAACAGAAAAAAAUGUAAAUUUGACUGAAUAACUUUUGUGUCGUUCCUUUUGA